AGUAUCGACACAAUAUCAACAAUCUUCUCAUCUUAUUUCUUAUUAGAAAUAAAAAGUAUUCAUUUAAAUUGAUAGAUAUAAAACAUGAGUGAAGAAAACAAUGAAAAUAUAAUCUGGACCAUUAAAAAUGGAGAACUUGAUGCCGUACAAGCAACUUUCAGCAAUGAUACUCAAAAAGUUAACACAGAGAUCAAGGGAAGAUAUCCAAUGCAUUAUGCCGCCGAUUUUGGCCAGCUCAAUGUGCUCAAAUUUCUCGUUAAGGUGGGAGCUGAUGUAAAUAAAAAAGACAAACAUGGGAUCACUCCACUUCUGGCUGCUGUCUGGGAAGGACACACAAAAUGCGUCGAGUAUCUAUUGCAAGAGGGUGCAGACAAAAAUGGGACCACUCCAGACGGCCAGAGUUAUGCUGAUGUAGCAGAAAAGGACGAAAUAAAGAAACUGCUUACAAGUGUAUAAAAAUUAUUAUAAUAAAAUUUUAAAAGUACAUUCCCUAUGAACUAUUACCCCUCAUUUAAGAAUAUAUACAAAAAAAAGUAUAUUACCCAAUAUAUAUCAAAAUAUCCAUAUUACGCAAAAGACUUAGGCAACUAAUGAAAAUAUAAUCUAGAUAUCGAACCAUCA